UUCAGAGAUUCAGAGAGAGAAGAAAAGAGACGAGAAGAGAGCUGAAGACUCUGAAGAAGAAGAUAGCAGGAGUAGAAACGCAGACUUCAAAAACCAGACAGAAAAAGGAGUAAUGGAAGAGAGAGAUGGAAGCAAUGAAGGAAAGAAUGACACAGGAAGAAAAACAAAGGGAGGAAAAGAGGAUGGGAAAAAGGGAGGUCAUCUGUAAAGAAAUAAUCAUUGCUGUAGUGAAGACAGACAGAGAAAUGGAAGAAAAGAAAGAAAAGCAGGAUGAAAGGAAGAUGACUACAGUCUGUGAGUGAAGAAGAGCUGCUUGAGGAAAUGAAGAAGCAGAGAGAGCAGGAACAGCUGAAAGAGAGGAGUGUCCGGAGGCAAUAGAGAGCAGAAAAGAUAUUAUGAUCGAGAUGGACAACCUGCAGGUGGAGUCCACAGCACCCAGAACAUCCAGGAACAAAGUGGUGCAGAGAGUGCUGUCCAGUGUACUGUCCAGUAUUCACUCUGGAGUCCAGUCCAUCAUGGAGUUCCGGAAAAAAUUCUCAGCUCAACCCGUUCAAGAUGAGAAAGAGGAGCUUAAGUCCCCAUCUCGUCCAUUGGUGUCACUCGGAGCUCCGACUGGGGUCCUGACUAUACACAUAAGAAGCUGCAGAGACUUCAAGAUAAACACUGGUUCUGGUUUGGCUCUUUUCCUGACCCCUGCACCAGCUCAAAUACAGAAAGACACUCAGUGUAUGGUGAAGUGCUCCAGGUUGCAGCCCUUCAAAGACAACCUGACGUUCAAUGAAGUGAAACACUUCUCCAUACAGAUCCAAAAAGAAGAGGCUCUCGGGGUCGUGCGGUCCAGUUUAGUGAAGGUGGAUUUGAUUUCUUGUGAUGACAAUUCAGCUGUCUCCAAACUCAUGGGCAGCACCACCAUCAAACUGCAGGAUGUCCUUUAUCAGAAAUCAUCGGUUAGCCAGCAGAUUGAUUUGAGGCUUGGAAGCAAAAAAGUGUGCAAGUUGGAUGCUGACAUGACCUUUACAUACGGGUCCUUGGGCUACAGAUACUCUCACCAGAUGAAACAUUGUGGAAGGAAGAUGGAGGAACUGAUGGAGGAGUCCCUCUUUCUCCGCUGCCCACCUCCUGAGGACAGAAGAGAUCCACACUAUAAUGUGACUACCCUUUCCAGACCAUCCUCGGGUAACAUGUCCUCUUUGAUGCAACGAGAUGCACAGAGAGACACAGGGUGCAGAAUAUCUGCUGGUGUAUUGAACUGCAUAGAGAGGAGAGGCAGUUUGUCACAGCUUCAUGAAGCCUUGGAGGAUUGUGUGACAGGAGAGGAUAGGGUGCAGUUACUGGAGAGUUUGAUCUUGAAGACAGGAACUCGCACCAGCUCUCCCUGUAAAACGAACCAGAGCACUGAGAUCUGUUCUAAAGAGGCAGAAGAGAAGAGAAGAGACGAGAGGAUAAUAGCAAAGAUGGAAAGGCAGAGGAGACGGUGAAAAAAGGAAAAGCAAAAUGUAAGACGGGGAAGUAAGCCAAGACCUCGCAGUCCCCUCAGCCAGCCUCACUCCAAGUGUCAUUCUCCUAUGGCCUCCCAGUCUCCUGUGGAUAAAACUCUGAUAUGAGUUGAAGAACACAAAAUGACCAGCCUCUGACCGACUGCUGGUGAACGCCCCCAAGCCUCAGACACAGUACACAGAACGGAAUGUGGUAUCUGAAGCUCAAAUGAUAAUGAACCCCAAUUUUCACAACUACCCAGCCAGAUUUCCAGUCUCCUACACUGAUGGUCUCCCCAGUCUACAGCUCAGCCAGAAUCCCAGCCUCUCAUGCUGCCUUGGCUUUCAUCAGCAACAGCUCCAUCCUAUUCAUGCCUACUCAACAUUCCACAUACCUGCAGCUGAGUCAACACCUAAUUUACGAGAUAACAAACAUCUUUCUUUGGUCUCAUCUUUUACAAAAUCUUGAGAUUCUCAUGUUCAAUGUUUUCAGUGUUUACAGUUCUUUGUGGUUUGGCCUUUGCUGGUUUCAGAUCAUGGGUUUUUCUUGUCUGCCUGCCUGCACACUGCCUGUGCCCAUGACGAUAAGUACUGGAAGCCCCAUUGAGGCUCAUCACAUGUGGCCUGCCUACACUUCUAGUUUACAGAUGGCACUGAUCCAAUACCAGAGAUCCAAAAAGGACAGUAAUGAGAUCUCAUACUUCAGAUCAGGAUCAUUUGCAGAGUUGUCACACUGCUGAUAUAAGUAAAGCCAACAGGGCUUUACAAAAGGAAAAGCCUUGGAGACCUUCCAUUUUCACCAGCAUGCUCUCCUGCUUUGGGAAAUGAGCUGCCUCAUCCCUCUAAGUUUGUUUAUCUAUCCCAUCAUUAUCAUCUUCACCUUUUUUGUGCUCCGUUAGGCUGAUCCUGCCAGAAAACAAAAUCACUUAUCACACUUAAACACCCAGGUUUACUUCACUCUCUCACCAAACAACCUUGGUCUCACAAACACUGUUUGUCAGUGCUCAGCGCAAAUCCGGAGUCAACCAAAGGAGGAUGGGUUCCCCUUUUGAGUCUUGGUUCCUCUUAAGGUUUCUUCCUCUUGCUGUUAGGGAGUUUUUCCUUGCCACUGUUGUCCUCAGCUUGCUCAUUUGGGGAUCAAACCUGGAUUUUCUCUGAAGCUGCUUUGUGAUGCUCGUAAAAAGUGAUCUAGAAAUAAAUCUUCAGUUGAAUUACAAGCUCUUUUAAUAUUUCCUCCAGCUAAGUAAAGACAGAAGUAAUAUUAUUUGGCAAUGUGGAGGAAAGACUGAAGGUCAGUGAGCACUUCAGAGCUCCAAUGACUAAAGACCAAGUCAGAAACCUGGGUGUAUUAACAGAUCCAAAUUGAACCUUAAAUCCAGCCGCCUGGGUCGAACGUAAUGGCCUCGCUACGUAACAGAGCUCGGGACUUGCUUCUUGCUCUGGUACCUCUCACGGUUGGCACCAGCGUCGUCCUCCUCCCCCCACGACUCGCAUCAGUCCGGGGAGCUCGGGCUUUGCGCUUCGCCCCCUUCACACUCCCGGCUCUCUCCCCAGCGUUGUCGCUGAGGUGCAUCGCAGCUGAGUGCUUGGGGUGGGCGCAUGCCACAAAUCGCUUUCAUACAGGCUGACACUAUCCAUUGUAUUAGUAGUGGAGUUAUCUACUGAUUACUGGCAGAUUCAUUAA